CAUUUGACCAUCUUCUAUUUUUGACUCUUCAAAUACUUGACACCAUCUCAUUCAUCUAUUCAACAAUAAUGGCUUCUUCAUUCUCAACAACUAACUCUUCCAAAGAGAUUUCAAGAGAACUUCCACCUCUUCUCCGUGUCUACAAAGAUGGCUCCGUCGAACGUUUCUUAGGCUCUUCUUUCGUACCACCUUCUCUCCAAGAUCCACAAACUUCUGUCUCAUCAAAAGACAUUGUCAUUUCACAAAACCCAUUAAUCUCUGCGCGAAUUCACCUCCCUAAACUCACCAACAACGAUCUAACUCAAAAGUUUCCUAUCUUUGUUUACUAUCAUGGUGGUGCUUUUUGUCUUGAAUCUGCUUUCUCUUUCCUCCACCAACGUUACCUCAACAUUAUAGCUUCUAAAUCAAACGUUCUUGUUGUUUCUGUUGAAUAUAGACUCGCACCAGAACACCCUCUUCCUGCUGCAUAUGAAGAUGGUUGGUUUGCUCUCAAAUGGGUCGCUUCACAUUCCAUCGAAAACAACAGCAGCAUCGAAAAUUUAGAACCUUGGUUAAUUAAACAUGGUGAUUUUAACAGAUUUUACAUCGGUGGUGACACUUCAGGUGCAAAUAUAGCACACAAUGCACUUCUUCGUGUUGGAAAUGGAAUUGUAACUGAAAAGAUCGAAACUUUACCUGGUGAUGUGAAAAUAAGAGGAGCAUUACUUGCUUUUCCUCUUUUUUGGAGUUCAAAACCGGUUCUAUCAGAAUCUGUUGAAGAACAUGAACAAAGUUCACCUAUGAAAGUUUGGAACUUUGUUUACCCUGAUGCAGUUAAUGGUAUAGAUAAUUUUCUCAUCAAUCCUUUGGCUCCUGGUGCUCCUAGUUUGGAGAAGAUUGGUUGUCCUAAGAUGUUGAUUUUUGUUGCGGGAAAAGAUGAUCUUAGAGAAAGAGGGAUUUGGUACUAUAAUGCUGUGAAGGAAAGUGGGUGGAAAGGUGAAGUUGAACUUGUUCAUGUGGAUGGAGAAGAACAUUGUUUUCAGAUCUAUCAUCCUGAAACUCAGAAUUCUAUUGAUAUGGUUAAUCGUAUUGCUGCCUUUCUUGUUUGAUUUGAGGGUUAUUUUUAUGUAGUUUUGUUGUUGUUUGUGGUAAUAAGUUGGAGAUGAGUUGCUAUUGUUUUUCGAUUCAAUGAAUGAAAGACGAUUUUUUUGAACAAAUGAUUCAGAAGUUUGUCUGGUUUCAAAUUUUAGUUUUAUGUAUUGUAAUGACAUUAUGACAAUAAUGAUAUUGAUGUAAUACUCACUAUUUUUAUAAUGAAAUAAAGAAAAAGACAAUUUACUUGCGAAAUUGUAUUUUUUC